AUGUCCCUUACAUUGGGGGUCAGUGGGAAGAAUGUCCCUUACAGUGGGGGUCAGUGGGAAGAAUGUCCCUUACAUUGGGGGUCAGUGGGAAGAAUGUCCCUUACAUUGGGGGUCAGUGGGAAGAAUGUCCCUUACAUUGGGGGUCAGUGGGAAGAAUGUCCCUUACAUUGGGGGUCAGUGGGAAGAAUGUCCCUUACAUUGGGGGUCAGUGGGAAGAAUGUCCCCUUACAUUGGGGUCAGUGGGAAGAAUGUCCCUUACAUUGGGGGUCAGUGGGAAGAAUGUCCCUUACAUUGGGGUCAGUGGGAAGAAUGUCCCUUACAUUGGAGGUCAGUGGGAAGAAUGUCCCUUACAUUGGGGGUCAGUGGGAAGAAUGUCCCUUACAUUGGGGGUCAGUGGGGAGAAUGCUCCUUACAUUGGGGGGUCAGUGGGAAGAAUGUCCCUUACAUUGGUGGUCAGUGGGAGAA